AAGUCCAGUGUGGAACCUUUGCUUUCUUCUACACCAGGACGGCCGACAGGAGACACCACAGACGCCCACUGACGACAGAGCAGGGUUUGGAACCUUCAUCAUCUGGGAGCAUGAUGGAUAUGGAACAAAUACACCAGUACAUCAGUAAGGACCACAUGGUCUCAUAUGUCGUUGGUGCCAUUGUGCUGCUGUGGGCGUUGGUAUGGCUGAUCCGGGACAGUCUGGAGAUCGAUAAACUCACCGAGAGGUACGUCUUCGUAACCGGAUGUGACUCGGGUUUCGGGAACCUGCUGUGCAGACAGCUGGACCGGCGGGGUUUCCGUGUGCUGGCUGGGUGUUUAACAGAAAGAGGAGCGGAUGAUCUGAAGAGGGUGACGGGUCCUCAUCUGAAGACCUGUUUAAUGGAUGUAACCAGCACUGCUAGCAUUCAGAAAGCUGUGGAGUGGACCAGGAAGGAAGUUGGAGAAAGAGGACUGUGGGGAAUCGUGAACAACGCUGGUUGCUCUUUACCCAUGGGUCCUACUGAGUGGAUGAGGAUUGAGGACUUCACCAACACGUUGAAGGUCAACAUGACUGGCGUGAUCGAGACCACCAUGAACUUCCUGCCGCUGGUCAAAAAAUGCCGCGGGAGAAUCGUCAACGUGGCGUCGGUGCUGGGCAGAGUGGCGGCAAACGGAGGAGGAUACUGCAUUUCCAAGUUUGCGGUGGAGUCCUUCUCCGAUUGUCUCAGGAGGGACGUUCAACAUUUCGGGAUUAAGGUGUGCAUUAUCGAACCGGGAUUCUUCAAGACCCAGGUGACCAAUCUGGAACUGCUGGAGAGGGAACUUCACCGCCUGUGGAACCAGUUAACACCAGAAGUGAAGGAGAGUUACGGAGAGAAAUAUCUGGAGAAGUACAUCCGCGUGCAGAGGCUGAUCAUGAACGCUAUAUGUGACGCCGACUUGAGCAAAGUGACCAACUGUAUGGGGCACGCCCUGACCGCUGCCCACCCCAGGACCCGCUACAGUGCUGGCUGGGACGCCAAACUGCUCUGGAUUCCCGUCUCGUACAUGCCCGCUUGUGUCGUGGACGUUGUGCUCAGGCUGGUGCUGCCACGACCCGCCAAGAGUGUUUUAACUAUUUAAACCUGGUGUAAAGCUAUUGUAGUCAGAGCCAGUGUUCAUAAGUAUUGGGACGCCCCUUAUAACUAAUGAAUUUGUGUGUUUCAGGCACAACAGGUGUAAUAAAUCAGUUAUGUGAAGGAAAAUUAUAUGCUUCUAACUUUGCAGCAACAGGUUAGUUUAGGGAAGGCCCUUUCCUCAGUUUAAAGAAACUCCAGUGCCCCAGUCAAUGCCCAAAAAUACAAAUCAGCUUUUUUGACUAAACGGGCACAAAUUCCCACAAUCAUACAGACAUUCAAAUUCUUGUGAGAAGCCUUCUCAGAACAGUGGCUGUUGUUCUAGGUGACAAGAUCACACAGAGGAUGCUCAACAAGCUGAUGGUCAGGUGUCCGAAUACUUUUAGCCAUAUAGUGUAUAUAAAUGUGUGUGUAGUCAGAAGUAUAUGGACACCUGACCAUGAGCUUGUUUGACAUUCUACUCUAGUCAUAAGUAUAUGGACACCUGACCAUUCUACUCUGGUCAUAAGUAUAUGGACACCUGACCAUGAGCUAGUCUGACAUGCUAUUCAAAACAACAGGCAUUAUUAUGAAGUUUAUGUAGCACUCCUUUUGCAACGAUAACAGCCUCCACUUUUUUAGGAGCACUUUCCUCAAGAUUUGGAAGUGUAUCUGUGAGAAUGUGUGCCUAUUCUGUUAAAAAAAUAUGUGUGAAGUCAGAUUGAUGCUGGAUGAGAUGUUCUGGCUUACAAUUAAAGUGGUUUAAAGGUGUCAAGUGAGGUCAGGUGGGUUCAUCCACAGCAAACUUAGUCAAACCAUGUCUUUAUUGGGGCCUCCUUUUGUGCAAUCAGCCUUCCCCAAACUGUUGCCACACAGCUAGAAGCAUAAUUUGUUUUAUAGAAUUGGUUUUAUACACCUGUUAGCAAUGGGUUAGCAAUGCUGAAACAUCCUGAACUGUAGUGCACCCUAAAUGCUACACAGAUUUGAAAUGGCCUUAGCUGACGUUAAACCAAAGUUUCUGAUAUUUUGUCCAUGACCAGCAUGUGCCUUUUGUCACUCUUACUUGCAUGGGCAUUGUUUUAACCACUUAAUCCCAUGCCACCUUAAAACACUACUUGUGCACAGUUAGGAUUAUGAAUUCUUCGAGUUAGGGUGCCCCCUAGCGGGCACAAUCGACGGUGCCUGCAGCAGAAAAAAUGUGCCACUAGCUUGCUUGGUGGAAAGACCGGACUACAAAAGUGGACGGGGUCUUCCAGGCUUUGUAAGGACCCUGGUUAGUUUUCCGAGGUGCCUGGACAGACCUGGAGGAAAGUAGAGAUCAGCACAGGACUCUCUGUGUGCGAGACUGGUGUCAUUUGGCAAUCCACCAAAGUACGGGCGCAUAAGAAGGGGUCGGUGGUAAAAUAUACCCUCAUCGGACACGAGUGGGGUCCCAGCACCGGACAGAAAAAGAAGAAAAAAAAGAGAAAAUGCAUUGAUAAAAUAGAAAAAACACUACUUGAAAGAGAGGAACACACCCUGCACAGGACACACGCCAGUCUCAUAACAGUUUUGUCAAUGUAAAUACGUUUCUGUUGACAGAUAAUAGAAAUAAACCA